UGUUUACUGUAUACUUAAUUUUUUUUAUUUAGUGACGCAUCAGUUAUAUAGUUUAUUAAUGCAGUGGAGCGUCACUAAACCCCGCCUACUCGACGUGAUUUGUUUGUAAUAUUCGCCGUUAGUGUGUACAUCAUUCUGCACUUCGAAUUUCUACCGGAAGUAGUGGACCAUCCGGGAAUCUUUGGGAUACUCUUUUCAACAUACUACGAUUUGGGACAUACUAACUCUAUUUUUGAAUACUAUGUAGGACGGAUAGUAGUCUAUGCGGAUUGGGACGCAACAAUGCUUUAAAAAACAGCUGAAUCAGCAAGUGUCAUGCCAGGAGAAAAACAUCUUUUGUACGUGUAAAACCACAAACGUGUGCUGCACCAAUCCAGGCAUCCGCAUUUGCAUCCUUUCUGGGAGCAGGGAAAGUGGGACGGACAACCUGAGAUAAACACGAAACACAACUGAUGAGACCGACAGACAGCUAACAGAAAAGUUCUUCACUAACAAGAGGUGAGGCGGUUCUAGCGUUCACAGAGCUCCAUUCAUGAGAAUCUGAGAAAAAAAUGAAACUUGAGUUUGUAGAUGAUUAUGCCAGGAGCUCAAGGUUUGGCUGGUUACCAGUAAAGCUCCGCUAGUAGAAUCUGUACAACGUUAUAGGUUAAAAAGACGUGUUUCUUCUAUCAACUAUUGAUAUGAAUGGAGAUUUGGGUAUUAUGCACAUACUUGGACUAAGCAGAUUCUCACUCACUAAUAAUUUCACAUGUAUUAUUUUGCCAUAAGUACGCUAUUCUGAAAAAAGAUCAUGAGAAAUUAUGUUUGUAUGAGUCCUGUGUGUGUGUGUGUGAUGUUUGCUCAAGUUAAAGCCCAAAACAAGAACAUGUUUCCCCAGGAUAUAAAAACACAAAUUCCACGUAUAGCCGUCUGACCACCCUCUAAAUCUCUUUUACAAGCACCCCACACUUUUUAGAGCCACCCAACUUUUCACUACAUCUCCUUUCUCAAUCUAAAACAACUUCCAUAGAUUUACCUGCUGUAUUAAAACUAAUGUUUUAUUUUACCACAAAAAUCUGCAGGUCUGAACAGAUCAUAAAGAUCGAGCAGAACACGGAUGCACCUACUCGGACAAUAUUUACCGGAACCCCACCCACACGUGAUUUGGCUGAUUUAUCAGACUUUCAAACAGAAAGCCCAAUUCAAAUGUGUAAGUAGGUUUUGGACAUGUUUCACUAUAUUGGAGAGGAUACAUAUUUGGUCCUCACAAGUAGAAGCAAAUUUGUGCACACGGUGUGGAGGUUUCUUGAAAUAGUGUUCUCUGGGUGAGACUGUGGGAAUUUGAGUUAUAAAAGCAAAACCCCAAAUCCUGCAGUCACUCCAUCGCACAGCCGGAAUCCACAUUAAACAGACUGCAGGUAAACAUGAGGUCUUCUUUGAAAGCGGAAACGUGAAAAUUGUACCAUUUUACUGGAAGCAGUAGCUGUGAAAAAGAGGAGUUAUUGUUAACAUGGCUAAAGGUAUAUUUCAAUAAAACAGAGCCGUUCUCUCCCAUGCCAAACUCAACAUCUCCUCAGACUCUUGGAUUCUCCAGUAAUGAUUUCUUUCAUGUUCUCACAUUCUUUUAGACUGUGGAUGGCAAAGAAUCUCUGGAUCAGAUUUUGGAGAAUGAAAGACCGUGUGUUUAGAAAAUGUGUUCAAGUAGAUUGAAAAAGGUUCACUCUGCUUUACCAUAAACUGUGUAAACCCAAUGCCACGAUCAGUUUUAGGUUUAAAUUCAUUUUUACAGAAGGCAAUUUUUAUGUAUAAACAGAAACUAUAUUCUCUUGAACAAUAAUAAACACAAAAACUCAUAAACAAAAUGGGUUUCAAAUGCUGAAGACUUAAUUCAUUGGAUUUCCAGAUCAGGUGUGCAGGGAUAUUAAAUGUCAAAUCAAUCGUUGGCGUGGGAAAAAUGAUUUAUUCUGACACAUUUAAACAAAAUUCUUCAGAGUAGUCAGAUAUUUAGGUCUAGCGCUUCGUUUGUGUGACAGGCCUGUGUUUUGACCUUUUGUUUAUUUUGAAACGGAAUGAUCUUGCCCAAAGGAUUGUGGAGGUGACAUAAUGGCUCCAAACAUCAGCAUUAUACAGUAUUUGGUGUUUUUAUGAGCAGUUUUUCUAUUAAUAGACAUAAACAAUGUACACAAAUACUUUAAGCCUAAAGUUAACAGAUGGUAACAGUUUGGCCGCGAAUCAGAAUAUCAAAGUUUGAACUAAAACUGACAUCAAAGAAUCUUCAGGUGGCUCCGCUGCUGCUGUUGUUUUUUUGGUAAGAGUCAUGUUUACUCACUGAUGCAGGAUAUUUUCAGCCAGGGUCAAAACCUAAAAAGAUGUUGUUCUUUUCUGUCCUAUUAGACACAGCACUAUAAAUAAAAGAUUUUAACAGAUAUAAACAUGACUGCAUUUCUGAGGUUGUUUGUGUGUGUCUGCUGGUGAGUAGAUUUUAUUAGAUGAUUUUAUUUAUUAUUUUCUCUCUCUCUCUCUCUCUCUCUCUCUCUCUCUCUCUCUCUCUCUCUCUCAUUUAGUACAUUUAGUGCAUUUUUAUGAGAAAAUGGUGUUUUUUAUCUUUCAUCAAAAUGUAAUAACUUGCUUGACCUCUUUUUCAGCUGACUCCUGACUCGUCUGAUUUGAUGUAGCGCCCUAAACCAGUGCCAUAAAAGCCAAUUUGGACUAUGGACUAUGGUGCACUCUGAAUGUUCAGUAUCCACUUUUGGAUACCAACACUUUACUCAGAACCAUUCUGUCAGCACACAAACAUUUGAAAAUGAAUAGACUAUUGCUUUGGUUGUUAUUUUGAAGUACAUUUUUUUGUUGAAAGUUAAUUUAGUUUUUGAUUCGUCACUAUUUACACACGUUUAGGGUGAUGUACACUGCCGAUCUUUUCACAUUUAAGCAUUGAUUGUAUUUGUUGACUUGCACAAUUAUGCAGACACCGUUGCCAAAUCCACCCGUGCAGCGGUCUGUUCCUGACUGAGCUCUCCAGCUUAUGUUUCUCUUUAAGAUGUUAUCAGGUGAGUGAGUGUGGCCUGCAGGAUAUCUCCACACAGUGAAUCCAGUGAGCACCAGUUCAUAUACAAUAACAACGCUCAGCGUUCCAAUAAAAGAGCUCUUGUGCGCACAAACAUUGGCUCUGUUCAGCACAGUUUGUACCCCCACGGCACGUUUUAAUGGCAGAAAUCCUUAGGGGCCCUGGUUUGUGUUUGGAGAUUAAUACAAACAUUUUAUGACCGAAGGAAUGACCGCGGGUUCAAGCCUAAAGACAUGUAUGUUUAUGAGGUUGUAAAAAUUACUGUAGUUUCUACACGCAAAGAGGUCUUAAAAGCCAGGUCAUAAUGCAGACAAAAGGAAAAAGCAGACAACCUGCAAACCAAUCUAAAUCACAGAUGACAAUAGUUGUGUUAUCCUCGUCCAAACAAUGAGAUCACAAGUGGAAAGAGCAAUCUCUCCCAGAAUGAGAACAUCUCUCUUUUGAAUCCUUGUAUUUUUGACUUGAGGGGCAGUGGGGUCUGUGAGCUGCCUACAUAGUUAGCGUUUAAGCACUCGUGCAUGAUGGAUUUUUGGGGGAGGAUCAUAUGUAUGGAACGACUUUAUUUUUCUUACAAAUGCAACGAAGACUAAUAUCACAAGUGAAUAAUCACAUUUAUAAAAGACGUCUGCAGCAUUUUGCAACAGUCACUUAUGGCGCGCGCAACAUUUUUUGGGUGUCACCCACGCACGUGCAACAUUUUUCGGGUAGUCACAGGCACGUGCACGUCUUUGGGGCUUGACAUGCAUUAGCAACAUUUGCGCGCGCGCGGCAGUUUUGGACACAAGAGGCGCGCGCUCUACUUUAUAGGCGCAUGCAGCGUUUUGGGGCGUCAUGAUGCUUCUGUAGAUUACUCAGUAGGUUUUGAAGCACAGCCCACGGGACCGGUGCCAGACCCUCAGGGCGCGCAUACAUCGCCAAACUUUUACGCACGUAUGUCCAGCGCGGCAUUCAUGAUUUUCAGCAUCGUUUAGUCGCUUUAAACUCGUUGCCAUGACAGUAUCGGCUCUCACUGGGCUCUCCGUUAUCAGUCUGCUCAGUCUGGGAUAUCUGUCCUGGGACUGGACGAGCCCGAAUCAGGUCGAGCAGCCGAACCAUCCGCGCCCUCACAUCAUCUUCAUUAUGACUGAUGAUCAGGGCUUUAACGACAUCGGCUAUCACAACCCCGACAUCCACACUCCGACCCUGGACAGGCUGGCUGCAGACGGAGUGAAGCUGGAGAACUAUUACAUCCAACCCAUAUGCACACCAUCGCGGAGUCAAUUCAUCACUGGCAGAUACCAGAUCCAUACGGGUCUCCAGCACUCGAUAAUUCGCUCUCGGCAGCCCAGCUGUUUGCCCUUUGACCUCAGGACAUUACCGCAGCGUCUGCAGGACCUGGGAUAUUCAACUCACAUGGUUGGCAAAUGGCACCUGGGCUUCUACAAGCGCAAAUGCCUGCCCACUCGCCGUGGAUUCAGCACAUACUUCGGCUCGCUGACGGGCAGCGUGGACUAUUACACGUACAAGUCCUGUGACGGCCCAAAGAUUUGUGGGUAUGACCUUCAAGACGGUGAGAGAGUGGCGUGGGGUCAGGGUGGGCGUUACUCCACGCACCUGUACACCCAGAGAGUCCGAAAGAUUCUGGCAUCCCACGAUCCUUCAUCCCAGCCUCUCUUUAUUUACCUCUCUUUCCAAGCCGUUCACACUCCGUUACAGUCUCCCAGGGAGUACGUCUACCCGUAUCGACGGAUGGGGAACGUCUUCCGCCGGAAGUACGCCGGGAUGGUUUCAGCUGUGGAUGAGGCGGUACGGAACGUGACGUACGCGCUCCGCAAAUACGGCUACUACAAGAACAGCGUCAUCGUCUUCUCCACAGAUAACGGAGGACAGCCUCUUUUCGGGGGGAGUAACUGGCCUCUGCGUGGAAGGAAGGGAACGUACUGGGAAGGGGGCGUCCGUGGCAUCGGAUUUGUCCACAGUCCCCUGCUGAGGCAUAGAAGGAGAGUCAGCAGAGCUCUGGUCCACAUCACCGACUGGUACCCGACACUGGUGGGCCUUGCGGGUGCGAACAUGUCCCAAACCGAGAGGCUGGAUGGAUACGACAUGUGGAAAACCAUCAGUGAUGGCAAAGAGUCUCCACGCCAGGAGAUCCUUCAUAACAUCGACCCGCUCUACAACGCCGCCCGUCACGGAUCCUUAAAAGCCGGCUUUGGGAUCUGGAAUACAGCCGUGCAGGCGGCCGUCCGGGUUGGAGACUGGAAGCUCUUGACCGGAGACCCCGGAUAUGGAGACUGGACCCCUACGCAGAUGCUGGGAAACUUCCCGGAGACCUGGUGGACCCUAGAACGCCACGUGGUGCCAAAGAAGUCUUUGUGGUUGUUCAAUGUGGCAGAUGAUCCUUACGAACGCUAUGAUCUUGCAGAGCAGAGGCCAGACGUUGUCAAACAGCUGCUUGGCCGGUUGGCGUAUUAUAAUCGGACCGCAGUUCCAGUGCGCUACCCUUCUGAGGACCCCAGAGCAGACCCGAGCCGAAACGGAGGGGCGUGGGGCCCUUGGGUGGGGGACGACGAGAACUGGGAGGCAUUUUACCCCCGAAAAAGAAAAAUAAAGAAACAGAAGCGCAAGUUCUGCAAAAUGAAAUCAUAUUUUAAAAGACUUAAUAUGAAAAUCAUGUCAAACAGGAUAUGAACAUAAAACAUGAAGUACCGAUGAACUUUUUAUAAAUGCUGCUGACAAUAACAUUACUUUUUUUUACAGUUUCUUUAUAGGAGCCGGAUGAAUUGAAACUUUUGUUUACACAUGAUGAAAAGUGACGUUGGGCAGCUGAACCAUUUCGUUGUGUUAACAUGAUUUCUUUAAGCAGACGUUGACUCCUGCCGUUUCUAAUGUGACCUUGCAUCCCCCGUGCAAUGAAUAUUUAAGGAAUUAAUAAAUGAAUAUUCUAUAAUCAUUUCUGAUCAGUUAUGUUUGCUGUUCAUACCUCGUUCUUUUACAUUGCUCUCUGCUAGAAGGGCAAGUAAAGCAAUAAGAAGUCAUCUUGUUUUGGUGUGUUCUGUAUGUGGCUGUAUUUGUUUGCUGCUAAAAUUCUGUUUACAAAAACAGACUCUCAAUACACAGUGUUUUUCAU